AUGGGCUUGAAGCCAUUUAUGGGCCUUCGAGGCAAUGCACUCCUGAGGGCAGCUGUCAUGCUUGUUGUAUGCCCCACUUUUACUUGCUAUGGUUACAAUAUGAGUGUGGCCGGUGGCCUUUUGACGCUCCCCGGAUUCAAUGAGCAAUUUCCUCGGAUGGAUACUAUCAACACGACGGGAAAGCAGCAGCAAGAAAAUUCGACUAUUCAAGGUACCGUGAUUGCUCUCUAUACUGUUGGCGGUAUCUUCGGAGCCCUGUCGUGCGUCUAUCUCGGCGAUCUCCUGGGACGUAAGAAGGUCAUCUUUUGGACCAACUUCAUCACCAUCAUCGGCUCGGUCUUGAUGGCAACUUCCUUCGAUUUCGCGCAGUUUAUCGUUGCAAGACUGAUUCUCGGUCUGGGUAUUGGUGGAUAUGUGGCUACCGUGCCGGUCUGGCAGUCCGAACUCUCACCAGCACACAAGCGAGGCUCAAAUGUAGUCACAGAUGGGAUCUUCGUCGGUGCCGGUGUCACGGCGGCUCUCUGGAUCGAUCUCGGUUUCUUUUUUGUAAAGGAGAAUUCCGUAUCAUGGCGAUUUCCCCUUGCCUUCCAAGUCGUGCUAAGCGCUAUUGCUAUGAUCUUCAUUCCUUUGCUUCCAGAGUCACCCCGCUGGCUGAUCAAGACUGGUCGGAUUGAAGAGGCGCGCCAGGUUCUGGCCGCUCUCCUCGAACUCGAGCCUGAUUCGCAUCUCAUCACCGAAAACAUCUGCCAAGUCGAGACCACCCUUGCUGUGUGCGGAAAUACUUCUUGGACGGCCAUGUUUACGAACGGAGAACAGCGCCUUUUCCACCGCGCGUAUCUUGCCGCCACCGGCCAGUUGUUCCAGCAGAUGUGUGGUGUGAACUUGAUCACCUACUAUGCCACCAGUAUUUUUGAGCAAUACUUAGGUCUCGACGCAGUGAAGGCUCGUAUCCUCGCUGCAGCCAUGGGUCUAAUGCAACCGCUUGGUGGCUUUCUCGCCUAUUAUACUAUCGACAGCCUCGGCCGCCGUCCUCUCAUGCUGUGGUGCGCAGGAGCUAUGUCUAUCUGCAUGGCUAUCCUCGCCGGUACAACUAGAUCCGAAGGCAACACGGCUGCCCUGGUGGUUGCGGUCAUCGCCCUUUACGCCUUCCAAUUCAUCUUUACAGCCGGAUAUUCUGGCCUUACCUUCCUCUACGCAGCCGAAAUGGCUCCUUUGCAGGUCCGAGCCGCAGUCAGCGCCGUGUCCACGGCGACGGUGUGGGUGUUCAACUUCCUUCUCGCGGAGGUCACUCCGGUUGGCUUCUCCUCUAUUGGAAGUAACUACUACAUCAUUUUCGCGGUGAUAAAUGCUAUUAUCGUGCCCUCCGUUUAUUUCUUCUUCCCUGAGACCAAGGGCCGGUCGCUCGAGGAGAUCGAUGAAAUUUUUGCCCAGUCGAAGAGUAUCUUCGACCCGCCCCGUGUGGCACGACGCAUGCAAUCUCAAAUCCAGACCAUCCAGGCCAAUCCUCCUGACUCGGAGAGCGGUGCUAGUGGAGUUGAGCAAACCGAAUAUGUCAAGGAGGAUACCAAGGCUUAA